GAUUCAAAAGAACGAACCGAUCAGUGCUAAACAAAAUCAAACAGUAACCACUGUGCUGUAUAGCGCACUUGCAUUGUGUUUUUCACCUCUUGCGUGCUUAAAAAUAAUUGAGAAAAGCUUUAAUUUUAAGACGUUAUGAGUGGAAUUCAAAUGUUCCCGGGCAGAAGCGCGUGCAACGUCCACGUCACGGCAACAGAAGUAACGACACAGGGCUGUCUGUAGCUUCACAAACAACGACAGUUAUUUGAAUGGCACUGCUGUGUGGCAGAGAACCGCGUUAAUGCUAAUCUAGUGCUCCGAGGCGUCUCGCCUAUCCAAAUGAUGGUUACCUAGUCUUUAAUGCUACCCGCGUUUCGCUUACGAGGACUAUGUAAACACCGAGCUGUGCCUUGUCAGAUCCGGGUUGUCCAGGAUGGCGUGCCCGACUCAGUUCCUCUGCAGGGCGCUCCGCACCGUGGGCCUGGUGCUCUUCUACUAUGUGUUUUCCAUUGGCAUAACAUUCUACAACAAGUGGCUCAUGAAGGACUUCCACUUUCCUCUGUUCAUGACACUGGUCCAUCUCGUAAUCAUUUUUGGUUUCUCCACGUUGACACGCUUUGCCAUGCAGUGCUGCACUGGGAAGCCUCGAGUGACGCUUCCCUGGAAGGUUUACCUUUCUAAAGUUGCCCCGACAGCCUUGGCCACAGCGCUGGAUAUUGGACUGUCCAACUGGAGCUUCCUUUUCAUCACUAUUAGUUUGUACACCAUGACCAAGUCUUCAGCUGUUCUCUUCAUUCUCUUCUUCUCUCUGGUCUUCAAACUGGAGGAGCCGAACCCAUUCCUGAUCCUUGUGGUGUUACUGAUCGCCAGUGGUCUGUUCAUGUUCACUCUGAAGUCCACUCAGUUUAAUCUGGAAGGUUUCAUCAUGGUCCUAUUGGCCUCUUUUAUUGGAGGGAUCCGCUGGACUCUCACUCAAGUGCUCAUGCAAAAAGCAGAGCUUGGCCUUCAGAACCCCAUAGACACCAUGUAUCAUCUGCAGCCUCUCAUGUUCCUGGGCCUCUUUCCUCUGUUUCUUCUUAACGAGGGGCUGAGUGUGAGCACCACAGAGAAGCUCUUCAGGGUCAGUGAGCUCUCCCACCUGCUCUACUCUCUGGUGACUCUGUCUGUGGGUGGCAUGCUAGCUUUUGGGCUGGGCUUCUCCGAGUUCCUCCUGGUCUCCCGCACCUCCAGUCUGACACUGUCUAUUGCAGGCAUUUUUAAGGAGGUGUGCACUCUGCUGCUGGCAGUGGAGUUCAUGGGGGAUAAAAUGAGCACAGUCAACUGGUUGGGCUUUGCUGUGUGUCUAUCUGGCAUAUCAUUGCAUGUUGGUCUCAAAACAUACUAUAACAAAGGAAAUGGCCCCAUGGUAAGACAAUUACCAGUCAGAGACAACACGGACCUUGAGCUUCCCCUUCUACAAACAAAAGACGAGUACUGUGAAGACACAAAUGAUGAAGAGGAGCAGGAGAUUUUUUUUAGUUCCAGGAUGACACCUAAAUAGAUGUGGACUGUUUGGAUUACAGGCUUACAUUGACCACAUGUACUCAACCAGCCCCAAACAUGAUGAGAAUGAGCUUAUGAAUGAGCUAAUGUCCUGGGGCACAUCUUUGUUGUUCCACUUUUUGAGACAAAAAGAGAAACCCUUUGCUUUUGGUUGGUUCACCCAAACAUUUUGUUUCAGUCAUUAUUUACACGUCAUCAUGCCGUUCCAAACGUUUGACAUUUUUUCUUCUGUGGAACACAAAAGAGAUGUCUUCCAUGAAAUUUAAAGCAGAUGGAGACCAAGGGCUGUCAAAAAAGAUAAAAUGUAUUAUUUUCUCUUUGAAGAAAAGGGGUUUUUAAAGACACACUGGUUAGUUAGUUUGACAGAUUUAAAAUCUCAAAAUCCUUGGUGGCACCGAUCUCAGCACAGGACCAAUCUCCAAGUGGCCUUACACAUUUGUUUACAUGACAAUAAAGGAUGUAUUUUUAUCAAAUAUCAAUUCUGUUUCACUUGCCCACAAUAAUUACUAAACUAAUCAUGAUAUAGAAUGUAAGUACUAGUUUGUUUAAAUAAAAUAAAUGAACUUUA